CACCACCACAACCACCUCCGUCACAAGCUUCCCCUCGAAUCCACCUUCAUUCCAGCCUGCCAACCCGCCCAAUUUCGCCCUCCACUGUCUCCACGCGAUACGAUCUUCAGACUCUACAUAUUUAACCUUCGAGAGAGCUCCACCAAAUACAAUCUAUCUGCUGUUGGACGGGAUCUGACGUUCCACCCCGCCAAUCCGCCGUCAUGGGCGUCUCAAUCAUCGAUGUCCAGCGUGACCUCAUCAUAAACACCAUUCGAGGUACCACCCGCGGCGACUGGAAAGUCUUAGUCGUGGACGAGAAGAGCCAGAAGCUCAUGAACAAUGUCGUUAAGGAGGAUGACGUUCUCAAUCAAAAUAUCACAAACAUCGAGCGCAUCGAAGAUCGAAGACCAGACCAAAAAGAAACGGAUGCCGUCUACUUCCUCACACCAGAUCCCCACAUUGUUGAUUGCGUCAUGGCCGACUUCGAGAGGCGGAAAUACAGAGGAACAUUUCUGAUCUGGACAAGCCUCCCUGCAGCAAAUCUGCGGCAACGUCUCGAUAAUUCACAGAUGGCGCAGCAACAAAUCCGCAUGUUCAAAGUCAUGUCUAUAGACUUUCAUCCACGAGAAUCGCAUCUUGUGGUGUUCAAGGAUCCAUGGAGUUUUCCUGUCCUAUUCCACCCUGACUGCAACAAUCUUGUUCGUGGGCAUAUGGAGGACAUUGCAGAGAAGCUGACCGGUGUUUGUGUCGCCCUUGGUGAGUAUCCGACUAUUCGGUACCAUCGACCUCGCAAUCCCACGCACGAGGCAAGCGUACUAUGUUCCCACUUGGCGCGAUUCGUACAAGAGAAACUCGAUAUGUAUGCGCAAUUCAACCCAGACUUCCCACCACAGUCAAACAGACCACGCGGCGCACUAUAUAUCACCGACCGUUCCAUGGACUUGUUCGCGCCACUCCUUCACGAGUUCACAUACCAAGCAAUGGCUCAUGAUCUACUGAAGAUACAAGAUGGGGAUAAAGUAACCUAUAGGACUGUUAUAAACGAAGACGAACCAGGGGCAGAGGAGAAGGAUAUGGAAAUCAGCGAUAAGGAUAAGAUUUGGGUAGAGAACCGCCAUCGUCACAUGAAGGAUACCAUCGACAAGUUGAUGGGAGACUUCCAAAGAUUUAUAGCCGAUAACCCACACUUUACCAAGCAGGACAGUGCAAACGCCUCUGGGAUGAAUGGACUGAAUGCGAUCAAAGAUAUGAUGGCCGGCCUCCCUCAGUUCCAGGAGAUGAAAGAGGCAUAUUCGUUGCACCUGACUAUGGCUCAAGAAUGCAUGAAUAUAUUCCAAAGGCAAAAACUUCCAGACUUGGCCUCUGUAGAACAGUGUUUGGCGACAGGGCUUGACGAGGAUUAUCGCAAAGCAAAGAACAUGGCCGAUCAAGUUGUUCGAACUUUGGAUGAAGAAGCCGUCACCCCAGCCGACCGUUUGCGCCUCAUUGCACUCUACGUUCUGUUCAAGGAUGGAAUUCUCCCUGCAGAUCUCCAGAAGCUUCUCCUUCAUUCUCAACUUCCACCUCAAGAUGGUUCCGUCAUCCGAAACCUGGAUCUCCUCGGUGCGCGCACCUCCAAAGCUUUGAAAGAAAAGCGUGACCCGCCACCCCCUCUGUUUCCUCCAAACACGACACCUCCUCCCAAUGCUGAAGAGUAUGCAUUGUCAAGAUAUGUGAACGGAGUACAGAGCCUGCUGGAAGAGCAUAUCCGUGGUACUUUACCUCAAGAUGUGUUCCCAUACACCAAACCACAGGCCGAAGAAGCAUAUCCUUCUACCCAAGACAAUGUAUCGGCCGCAUCCCUUAGAUCCGCGAAGCCGACGUGGGCAAAGACUCGUCUUAACAGUGUCGAGCCUCGACAGCGAGUGAUCGUAUUUGUAGCUGGUGGAGCGACCUACUCAGAGUCUCGUGCUUGUUACGAGGUGUCUCAGAAAACUUCCAGAGAUGUCUUCCUUGUAAGCUCUCAUAUGGUUAACCCGAGUCUCUAUCUACGGCAGGUUGGGGAUUUGAGCGUAAGUCGCCGGCAGCUGCAUCUGCCUGUGGACGGCCCUCAGCCCAAGGCGCCCGCCCAUCUGUUCGAGAAGCCGGAGCCACCGAAACCAGUCGCACCAAAACCUGCUCCGCCACGACCAAUGCCAGCAGGAGCACCGGCGCCGAAUAUGCAAGGUGGUUUGCCAUCCAGACCAGGAGGCGGCCCACCCACCGCUGGUUUGGCUCAGAUGACCCUGAAUUCCGGGAAAGCACAGAGUGGCCCCGGAAGUCACCUUCAGACAGGCAAGCUUACAAAAGAUGGAGAGAAAGAGAAAAAGAAGAAGAAACAUCACUUCUUCUCUUCUUCAAAGUCGUAGUAGGAAGUACGCGGACAGCUGCCUUUGUGAUUCUAGUAUGUAGCAUGCCGAUAGUAGUUUUCAUUUUUCAAGCAUGGGAAUCGGAGCGAAUGCAUUGCAUUUAGGCAAUUGGCGUUUUUGAUCAUGAGGAUGCGUAUUGUCUAUUCGAUACCACUGGCUGGCGCUAGACACGAUUGGAAUUUGUGUGUAGAAUAAAGAAUGGGAUUAAAAACAUUUAACCCAGGGAAUGGUCCU